GGUCAAACAAGCCAAGCAUCUAAACCAGCAUGACUAUAAGUUUAUUCAAAUGAAUGUAUAGGCUAAUCGAAUUGAUUUUCAAGGCCUCUUCAAACCCUUUCAAACUAGUACCUCUCCAUGUCUAAUCCUAGGAAAAGUGUAAAAUGCCUAGGACUGCCAUAGCUUCGAGGCCUAUCCCCGGCUCUGAUGUCCAGCAUAUCACUUCAUCUUCCACACAGCAGCCGCUUCCUAGGCGGGAAUACACUCGUCCGAGACACAGUUGUAGCCGGCACAGCACGGUUCGUGGUUCACCUCGGCGCAACCUGUGUUUGGGUAUACGAGACAGCCCUGAGAGAAGGCUUGGGAGGCCAUGGCCAGGACAACAGCGACGGUGAACUUCAUUGUGGCGAGGUGGUAACUAGAUUACAGAUGUAAUAUCGUUGUGUGAAGUCGAUGAUCUUGUACGUUUGCGACAAUG